AUGACGGCGGCGCCCGGCUGCCCCCGCUGCUCCCCCCGCUGCCCCCGCUGCUCCCCCGGCAGCUGCCCCUUCCCCCGCGCCGGCGGCUGGGCAGCCGCCUGGCGGGGCGCGGCGCUGCGCUUCGCGCUGGCGCUGCUCCUCCACACGGCCCGGGCCGAGAAGGAAGCUUUCAUCCAGUCAGAUGGCAUAAUAGAAAUGCUGCGUUUUGAUGAAGGAGACCUAUUGCAGACUGAGACAACUUUAGGCCUCAGUUCAUAUCAACAGAAAAGUGUAUCCCUGUAUCGGGGAAAUUGCCGACCUCUCCGGUUUGAGCCACCAAUGCUGGACUUCCAUGAACAGCCAGUUGGAAUGCCAAAAAUGGAAAAAGUUUACCUACAUAACCCUAGCUCAGAAGAAACAAUUACAUUAGUAUCAAUAUCUGCAACAACAUCACAUUUUCAUGCAUCAUUUUUCCAAAAUAGGAAAAUUCUUCCAGGAGGGAAUACGUCCUUCGAUGUAGUUUUCCUGGCAAGAGUAGUGGGAAAUGUAGAGAACACUUUAUUUAUUAACACUUCUAAUCAUGGGGUAUUUACUUAUCAGGUGUUUGGCAUUGGAGUUCCGAACCCCUAUCGAUUGCGCCCAUUUAUUGGGGCACGAGUUCCUGUAAAUAGCAGUUUCUCUCCUAUAAUAAAUAUCCAUAACCCUCACAGUGAACCUUUGCAGGUGGUAGAAAUGUAUUCCAGUGGAGGUGAUCUCCAUUUAGAGCUUCCAACAGGUCAGCAGGGAGGUACAAGAAAGCUGUGGGAAAUACCUCCGUAUGAAACAAAAGGAGUGAUGAGAGCCAGCUUUUCUUCAAGAGAAGCAGAUAAUCAUACAGCCUUCAUUAGAAUAAAAACAAAUGCCUCAGACAACACAGAAGUUAUUAUUCUGCCUGUUGAAGUAGAAGUUACAACAGCACCAGGAAUCUAUUCAUCAACAGAAAUGCUAGAUUUUGGUACUCUACGAACACAAGAUCUGCCAAAAAUUUUAAAUCUGCAUUUAUUAAAUUCAGGAACAAAAGAUGUGCCAAUUACAAGUGUUAGACCUACACCACAGAAUGAAGCUAUAACAGUACAUUUCAAGCCCGUUACGUUAAAGGCCUCUGAAAGUAAAUAUACCAAAGUUGCAAGCAUUAGCUUUGAUGCAUCAAAAGCAAAAAGAGCAUCACAAUCUUCUGGAAAAAUAACUGUAAAAGCUAAAGAGAAGAGCUAUUCCAAACUUGAAAUACCGUAUCAAGCAGAAGUGUUGGAUGGCUAUUUAGGAUUUGAUCAUGCUGCCACACUCUUUCACAUCCGUGACAGUGCUGCCGAUUCUGUGGAAAGAUUGAUCUAUCUAACAAACACAUUCAGUUUUGCAGUCCUUAUACAUGAUGUUGUGUUACCAGAAGAAGCAAAACCAAUGUUUAAAGUCCAGAACUUCAGUAAACCAGUUUUAAUUCCACCCAAUGAAUCCAGAUACAUUUUUACACUUCAUUUUAUGCCUUCCACAUCAUCUGCUCACGUGGAUAACAAUAUACUACUUAUCACCAAUGCUUCUAAAUUUCACCUACCUGUCCGGGCAUACACAGGAUUUCUAGAUUACUUUGUAGUGUCUCCAAAAGCAGAGGAGCGGUUUAUAGAUUUUGGCAUAUUGAGUGCAACAGAAGCUACCAGCAUUUUAUUUGCAGUCAUCAACAGCAAUCCAAUAGAGCUGGCUAUAAAAAGUUGGCAUAUUAUAGGGGAUGGUUUGGCUGUAGAACUUCUAACAACUGAAAAGGGAAACAGAACAACAAUAAUUGCAAACCACCACGAACUGCAAAAUGCUACUGCAUCUGAUCAGUCUUCAGUGAUCCUCGCAUCAGGCUAUUAUGCAGUAUUCAGAGUAAAUCUAAUAGCAAAGGAACUUGAAGGAAUUCAUGAUGGAGCUGUACAAAUCACAACAGAUUAUGAGAUUUUGACUAUACCAGUGAAGGCUGUGAUUGCUGUAGGCUCACUGACCUGCUCCCCAAAACAUGUUUUUCUUCCACCUUCUUUUCCGGUAAGAGAAAUUAUUAUUAUUAUUACCAUUAUGAAGAAGAAUUCCUAUGAAGAAUCUCCCUUUCGAAUGCCACAUUAUAAUAUUUUGUUCCAUGUUGGACCAUAA